AUGGAAAAACUAUUACAGUGGUCUAUUGCGAACUCCCAAGGCGACAAAGAAGCUAUGGCCAGGGCCGGUCAACCAGAUCCUAAAUUGCUACAGCAGUUAUUUGGUGGUGGCGGUCCUGAUGACCCAACUUUAAUGAAAGAAUCCAUGGCUGUUAUAAUGAACCCAGAGGUUGACAUAGAAACAAAACUCGUUGCGUUUGACAAUUUCGAAAUGCUAAUCGAGAACUUAGAUAAUGCUAAUAAUAUCGAAAAUUUAAAAUUGUGGAAGCCAUUAUUGGAUGUUCUCAUUCAGACUAAGGAAGAAGAACUACGUGCUGCUGCUUUAUCCAUCAUAGGUACGGCCGUGCAAAAUAACGUGGACUCGCAAAAUAAUUUCAUGAAGUAUGACAACGGUCUGCGAAGCCUUAUUGAAAUAGCCAGCGACAAGACAAAGCCACUUGACGUGAGAACAAAAGCGUUUUACGCCCUAUCCAAUCUAAUAAGAAACCACAAAGAUAUUUCAGAUAAGUUUUUUAAGUUAAAUGGGCUUGACUGCAUAGCGCCUGUAUUAAGUGACGCCACCGCAAAACCAAAACUGAAAAUGAGAGCCAUUGCACUAUUAACUGCAUAUUUGUCAUCUGUUAAGAUUGAUGAAAAUGUAAUCAGUGUGCUAAGAAAGGAUGGAGUAGUUGAAAGUACGAUUGAGUGCUUGUCUGACGAGAGUAACUUGAACAUCAUAGAUAGAGUUCUGUCUUUUCUUUCUCACCUGAUAUCUUCCGGAAUAAAAUUUAAUGAACAAGAAUUGCACAAAUUGAGUGAGGGAUAUAAACAUAUCGAGCCUCUAAAAGACAGACUUAAUGAAGACGAUUAUUUAGCCGUAAAGUAUGUAUUAUGA